UUAGUACGGAACGAGGGUAUUACAUAACAAUCAGAGGAGUUGCUGUGGAUAUGAUCGGGCAUCGGGCAAGCGAAGGUGAUUGUCUAUUUUUUCGUCAUGUCUCUAGAAUUCCGUUUCCAAUCAGCAUCGAUGGAGUACCAGAAAAUACAGACAGAACUGGCAAGCUUGGUGGAGAAUCGCACUCGUCUCGAUGCCCAACUUUCCGAGAAUGAGAUGGUCAAAAAGGAGUUUGCGCAGUUAACUUCAAGUAAUACUGUCUAUAAACUUGUGGGACCUGUAUUGGUGCCUCAAGAUCAGAAUGAGGCCAAAACCAAUGUGGAGACGCGCCUGGAAUUUAUCAAGAGCGAAAUAAAACGUGUAGAUGUACAAAUAAAUGAUGGCGAGGACAGGUCAGAGAAAAAGAAGAAUGAGGUAUUGUGACUCGCCCGUUCUUCCCAAUGACAAGUUUGACCCGACGAUCGGUUGUGUCGCAGCUCGUCGAAAUCCAAACAAAGCUUCAGCAGGCUCAAUCUACGCCAAAUUCUUAGACGAAUAUCGCU